UACAUUAUUAUGGGUAUUUGUGGAUCCAUGCUUCGAAAGCAGGCACAGGUCCUGAUGCUGGGCCUGGACGGCUCAGGGAAGACCACCCUCCUCUACAAACUGAUGUACAACGAGAGCGUGGUGACCGUACCGACCGUGGGCUUCAACGUGGAGUCGCUGGAGACAGACAGGAGCAGCCCGAGUCUGACAGUGUGGGACGUGGGGGGUCAGAGGAAGAUGAGGCCUCACUGGAGGCAUCACUACACUGACACAGCCGGACUGGUGUUCGUGGUGGACAGCUGGGAUCAGACACGGCUGGACGAGGCCCGCAAAGAACUCCACCGGGUCCUGAGAUAUGAGAGUCUCCGAGGCGUUCCUCUCGUUGUCCUCGCCAACAAACAAGACCUUCCAGCAGCUCUGAGCCCAGAGGCACUUUGUCUGAAACUGGACCUGAGCAGAGUGUGUGAUGGCAGAGCCUGGUUCAUCCAGCCCUGCUCCGCUGUCACUGGGAUGGGACUAGAGGAGGGCUUCCGGAGGAUAGUGUAUCUGAUGAAGACCCCACUGAAACAGACUCAAGAGGACAUUAAGGUUAAGAUGAGGUCAAAGGGCUUCAGUGCCACAGCCGUGAAACAAGUCUUGCUCUGCAGCAGGUGAUGGAUGAAAAUCUGUCUUGACUCGUCUGAGAUGAUUUGCUGUUCGCCUCUGUCAGGCAUCAGCAAAGAGCCGCUCUGUAAGAUCAAAUGAGAGGAGGCGAUGAUAAGAUGAUACGAUAUGAACACAGUGAUUAGUGUUAAUAUCUGUGAAAGGUGAAAAUAACCCUCACAAGCCUCACAUGAAAUAAUGAAUCUGUCAGGAUAGACACAGGUUGUGCCAAAAUCAUGAGAUUCUCAGUUUUACAAGACAAUAAAAGUGGAAAAACAGUAAAACAAUGCCCAGACGUUUCUUUGUCUGUAGGUUGUGAGGGUUAACAGGACCAUGGAGGGGAGAAUGUCUCUUUGCACGAAGAUAAUAAACUACAAGGAUUUUGUUAUCAAUCUUGGA